AUGGCUGCGACGGUGCCGCCGGUGGCGCAUGUGUACUUUGGGAAGCCCAUGCUGCCGGAUGUGUCGAGGGUGCUUGCUUGCCUCUACGAGAAGGAUAUCGCCUUCGAGCUGGUGGACAUGUAUGAAGGCCACCGCAUGCCUGCAGACAUCCUCAAACUCCAGGCCACCAUGAGAGCUCCUGUCCCAGCCUUCAAAGACACAGACACAUUCUUACUAGAAUCCAGAGCCAUAUGUCGCUAUGUGUCAGAGAAGUAUGCAGAGCAUGGAAACAAGUACCUUCUCGGGAGGGAUCUACUCGACAGGGGAUCCAUCGAGCAAUGGCUGAAGACAGAGGAGCAGAGCUUCAACCCUCCGAGCUGGGCACUAGUCUUCCACUUAGCGUUCGCCCCCCUGACAAAUGGCAAUGAACUGGACCAAUCACUGGUCACCGAGAGCGAGAAGAUGCUGGGUAAUGUCCUGGAUGUGUAUGAGCAUAGGCUGAGAGAGAGCAUGUACCUUGCUGGCGAUGAAUUCACUCUGGCAGACCUGUCUCACCUCCCAAACACUCAUUACCUUGUCAACUCUAGGCAGUGGAACCACCUGUUUAAUUCGAGGAAGAACAUCCAGAGGUGGUGGGAGAAGAUCUCGAACAGGCCUUCGUGGACAAAGGUCGUGGCAAUGCUGAAUGAGGUUGAAACUCCAAAGUCAUCUGCUGCUGAAGAAGUUGCCACGGCUCGAGAGGCCAAAAUUAGUCAUCUUUCUCAAACUCCUGCAGCAGCCACAGCUUCUCAGACAAAUCCUCAAUCAACUCCAGUUGUUCCUCAAUCGACUCCUGAGGUCAAGACUAGUCCUCAGACAGCAGCUACAGCUUCCCAGGCAAGUCCUCAAUCAACUCCAGUUGUUCCUCAAUCGACUCCUGAGGUCAAGACUAGUCCUCAGACAGCAGCAGCUACAGCUUCUCAGGCAAGUCCUCAAUCAACUCCAGUUGUUCCUCAAUCGACCCCUGAGGUCAAGACUAGUCCUCAGACAGCAGCCACAGCUUCUCAGACUUCUCCCCGGACUGCUGCGCCAGAACCAAGUAGCAAGCCAUCACUUGAACAGAAAUCAUCCAAAUCAUCUGCUGACAAACCAGAUUCAGCUAUUGACCAACAGAGCUCACCAAAAGGUCCAACAUCCAAUCUAAUCUCUCAAUCAGAACCUGCUACACAGCCAACACCUCAAUCACAACAAGGUGAUUCAUCAACUGCUAAACCAACAUCUGUUACCACUCAGUCAAACCAAAAAACAGAUACUCCUAUUGAUAACUCUGCCGCCACAGGGACUUCAGAGACCAAAGCAACCAGCCAGCCAGAUUCAACUGCUUCAUCUACUGCAUCAGACAAACCUAAUUCCCAGCCAUCUGGUGAUAAACCAGCAUCCUAAAAGUACUCUAGUGGUAAUAUAAAUGAAAAAACAGAGUCUACACCUCAAUCUACUGUUUGCUAAGUGAAUCCAUAUCACCCUGUAGCUCAUCAGUCUCGAAGAUCCAAGUGGACGAGCUCCUGGUCAGAUGAUUUCCAGCAAAAUGCAGAUCCAAGCACUACAACGAAAUCUUGUUCUUGCACGCAGUCUCCUGCAGAUCCUGCCAAGAUAACGAAAGUAAUCGCUUACUUGACUCCAUCUUUUUGUCAAGACUUGCUUUUAGAGCUUCU